CUCUCUCUUCUCUUCCUAUUUUUUUCCUCCCUCUCUACACAAAACAAAAUUAGGGUUCUUGAGCUAAAAAUUCGAUGGAGAAAGAAGAAUGCAGAAGCAAUGAAUCCGGGUGGACCAUGUACAUCUCUUCGCCGAUGGAAGAAGACGAUGAAGAGGUAGUGGAUGAAAACUAUUAUGAUGAAGGGCAUUAUGUUUACAGAGAAUGUCGGAAAGGCCAUAAAGAAGACGAAAACAACAAAGAUAGCGAUGAUUCGAUGGCCUCGGAUGCUUCUUCGGGCCCGAGUUAUCAACAUUAUAACCAAAAACGAAACUCGGAGACUCAUCCAAAGAUCAAUAGAGGAAGGAGAAGAGAAGGUUUUGUCUCAAGGAGUGGAAAAGGUGAUAGUGUGGGUAAAUGUUAUGAUGAAGAUGAUAGUUAUGGGCGUAACGAUAAUAGCAGUAACUACAAAGGGAAGAAAAAAGAGAAGAAGAACGGCGAAAAUAAUAAGACUAGGCACAGAAUGAAAUAAAUAUAAAUCAAAUUUAAGUUGUAUAUUUUGGGACGUGAUUAGGGCUUAUGUUUUGGGGUUAUUUUAUGCCUCUAACAUAAGAUGAUUCGUUAUCUUCUUUUGAAUUUUGCUUCUUCUUUGUUUUGUGUGCUUUUGCUCAUUAUCUUGAGGGAAUGAUUUGUGUAAGGUUUUAUGUCUUUUUUUUUUACCUUUUAUUUUAAAAGGAAUAUAGAGGGGGAGAGGGGGGGGACUAUGGAAUUUGUUAAUAAUAAUUACCCUAUAUACGUUCGUAAGUUUGUAAAACACUAUUUGAUUUCCUUUCCGCUUGA